GACCAAUCAGAGCGACGGAAGUCAUCACUUUGUCUCACUAGUGGGCAAUCGUACUUGACUCAGUCGGACUUGAGUCUGGCGGCAGGAAGACGUGACCGUCUCCUUCGUUGGAGGAAAAGCUAUAUCUAUUCAUUUAUUGUUCUCUGUCUACUUGUGUGUUAGCUUAAGCUGAUUGUUUGAAAUGAAAAGAAGGAAGAUUUGUUGUUUUCAAAUAAGCUGUACCAUAUCACAGGGUGCAGUGUGAUUCGCAGAUUUAACACAUGUCAUGUCUUUUUGCAGUAGUUACUGGUCAUUUAAUUUGUCUCACUUCUGCGUAAGGUUCUGGGUUUUUACUGUGAUGAACUGCUCUUUUCAAAUCAUGUAGCCAAUUCUUUUGUCUGUUCAACAUGUAUACAUGUUUUCGGCUAAUGGUUAUGUUUUCACAACCUCUAUGCAUAUAUCUAUAUGUGCCACUCAUAGCACUUGUAUCCCUCUCUGUCUGCAUGCAGUCCCAUAGGUAUCCGGAAAGUCUUCACUUUCGGCAAUAUGAUACGUUAGAUUAUCCUCCACAAUUACUUAGGCAGAGGGUACGUCGUAGUGCCGCGGCAACAAGUGUCAUUUUUCCAAUAAAUGCCUUUGGGAAGUCAAUCCGGCUAGUUUUAUUCCCUGAUAUGGAAGUAGUACAACCCAAUGGGAAGUUGAUUGUUGGUGGUCGGGAAUGGGUUGGUGGUCUCCGUACAGUGACUGAGCAUGCGGUACGCGGAUAUGUUGAUGGGUUUACGCAAAGUGUUGUAUUUGGAAGUGUAAUAGAUGGUGUAUUUCGAGGAACUGUAUCUCUGGACAAAAACAAGUUGAUUCAUUCUCCUUCUGGGUCUUACGACACAUAUUAUAUUGAGCCCACGGGAUACUAUUUCACAGGAGAUCUCCCAUUUCACUCGAUUAUCUACAGUGCUGUGGAUGUGAAAACUCCUAAUUCUAGCAUUCACGGCCGCGUUCGCCGUGCAAGCCAUGUGACAAGUCCCAACUUUUGUGGAUGGUCAGAUCCUACUAUUGUUGAGAGAAUGACAGAAACAAGUCAACCUGAUGGUUUUACUCACCGGAGAGGGAUCACCCUUAGAUCUCGUCGUUCCUUUUUUGAAGCUCCUGUAUCCACAAGCCGUACUUCAUAUAUCCCGAAUCAUCAGAAUUCACUAGCUCACUUAUAUCAUAUGUCACAUAGUAAAGAUAAUGUUUCUGCACCGUAUAAAGGUGGAGGACCCAACACACGAGUGUGCAAUCUCUACUUACAAUCAGACACUUAUCUUUGGGAUCACGUGAUUAACAUGCGACAUAUACGAGGUAACAGGGAGCUUGCAGUCAAGGAAAUAACUUCAAUUUUUACGCAACAUGUCCAGGGUGCUCAGUUGAUCUACCAGGAUGCAGUUUUUCGAGACCAUGCAGGUCGUUUGGAAUUCCGAGGAGUCAGUUUUCGCGUUGAUCGAGUUCUUAUCAAUGUCACAGAAGAGGAUUGUCGUAUUCGUCCAUGGAUAUCUACAGAUUUCAGAGACCGAAAUAACUCAUAUCUGUCACCGACCGCUUUGCCGCAUGAAACAAUCUCUGACUAUCUGACCAUCCAACGGUUGAAUAAUACUAAUCAUUUAGGUUUUGGUGGGGCAUACGCAGAUGAAAACCCUUUCUGUGCACCAAACAUUGAUAUUACUAACUACCUGAAUUUACAUUCUUACAACAAACAUGAUGACUUCUGCUUGGCGUAUAUAUUCACGUAUAGAGAUUUUUCAGGUGGGACACUUGGUUUGGCAUGGGUUGCUGAGCUAAGCGGAUCUGGUGGUGUAUGUGAAAAGCACAGACAAAUGCGCGAAGGAAAUCAGAAUGUUCAUAAAAGCCUGAAUACAGGCGUUGUAACACUUUUAAACUAUGGAUCACAGGUUGCCUUAAAAGUAUCCCAGCUUACGUUUGCUCAUGAAAUGGGACAUAAUUUCGGCGCUAAGCAUGAUGAUGACCAUAAAAAUGAACCAUAUGCAUGCUUACCGUCUGUUGAUGAUAUUCGAGGCAAUUAUAUCAUGUUUGCUAGUGCAACCAGCGGUGAUAAAGAAAAUAAUAACAAAUUUUCAAAUUGCUCUCUUGACUCCAUUGCCAGACUGUUAGAUCGUAUUCUUUGGGAUGAAACUAAUUGUUUUCUAAGUUCAGAUGGUCAAUUCUGUGGUAAUCAGUUAAUUGAAGACGGUGAAGAAUGUGAUUGUGGUUUCACCAAAGUGAGCUGUCGAGACAAAUGUUGUCAUCCUAAAGAUUCUGUAAAUCCUUGCAAACUUGUUAACACUAUUCUUAUAGACAAUAUUCAACAUACUGUUCAGUGUUCACCUACAGCUGGUGUUUGCUGCACUGAGAAUUGUCAAUAUCGGUCCGAAACGCAUAUGUGUCGUCCAGCUGGGGAAUGUCAUCGAGCAUCUAAUUGCAGCGGAAAGUUGGCUAAAUGUCCACCUGUAGAUAUUUUACCAGAUGGUACUCUUUGUCAGGAUCAUACACGUGUUUGUAAACAAGGUCAAUGCAUUGGUUCAAUAUGUGAGCGUAUUCCUGGUUGGCAUGAAUGUUCUCUAACUCGAGACAAAAAGGUUACACCUGAGCUAAUGUGUUUUGUUGCUUGCAAACAAAAUAUUUCUGGUGCCCCAUGUAUCAGUACUUUUCAGUUGGAAACAAAUCCAACCUUGAGAGCAAAAUAUCCGCAAUUAGUUGUUGAACUCUUACGUAAUGGAUAUGGUACAAAAUUGCCACCUGGAGCUCCAUGUGAUAAUUAUCGAGGUUAUUGUGAUGUUUUUAGACGUUGUGUUUCAGUUGAUGCUGAAGGACCACUUGCUCGAUUACGAAAUUUAAUAUUCAGUCCACAAAUGCUACAAAAGAUGAAAACAUGGAUAACAAUGCACUGGUGGGCUGUAAUUCUUAUUACCUUAGCCGUUAUAAUUGGGAUGAUUAUUUUUGUAAAAUUGUUUGCCGUCAGUACUCCUGCUGCUCGUCUGCAUAGCAUAGAACGCAAUAGACCCACCUUAUCUCCAUUUCUACCUCCUACUGUUAUACCUUCUGGAUCUGUUAAUGAACCAGUUCUUUGGACUGUUACAGGUCACUCUUUAAGAUGGCUUAGUCCACCUAAUCCUUCAGUACCUAGUUAUCGCUCUCAUUCUCCAUGGGGAUGGUCUCGUAGACCUAAAAAUAUUCAAACUAUUACACAAUAUCCAAUAACAUCUAACAAAGUUUGUAUUUUACCUAACACCACUUUAAACCAUUAGAUUUUCCUCCAUCGAAUGCACGUCAAACACCAUUGCCGAUAAUACAUCCUACUACUUCAAAAGUAAAACAACAACAUCAAGUUAACUCUACAUCAUCUGUUAUCGAAAUACCUUUACUUUGUACACCUAGUAGCAGCAGAAUUCACAAUGAAAUUCCACCAAUCAAUGUUAAUAGUCAAGAUAGGAAUAUUGAAUUUUUACAACAGCAUAAUUUUUAUCAAAGGGUUCCAAGGUUGGCAGGGUCACGUUCUCGGCCUAGUAGUUUGCUGCUUAUUCCACCAACAGUUGAAGAAUCAAAUCUUGUUCGAAUCAGACGACCAAAAAUACCAUCAAAGCUAGGUAAUGGUAAACUAAAGAAAAAGUCUCGACCAAUAUCUGAAUAUACAACUGAUAGUCAUAUUCCUAUUCAUCAGAUCCCACCCCAAGUUCAUUGUCAUAAUGUAGAGGAACAAGAGGACGACGAGGUACAGCUUCAUCUGCCCGAAAAUCCACCAGGUGUGCUGAGAAUUACUAAACGUGAUAACGCUACCAAUCAUUCUCGCAGCAUUCCACCUCCAUCAUAUGAUGAUUUGUGAGUUCGCUUUGUAGUGCUUUUCCUUCAGUAUAACUUCCAACUAAGUCAUUCGCACCAUUUAUUCUCUCCCACUAUAGCGUAUAACUUACCUUGGAAUCACGCUGCCGUCCACUCCAACCAAAAUAUUAAGCCGCAUCAUCCUGGAGAGACUGAAAAAUGCUCUUGACUCAGAAUUAUGACCAGAACAGACUGACUGGCUGCAGGAAAAACAAAUCAUGUGCGCAUCAGAUUGCAACGUUACGCUACGCCACAAACUUUUAUCAACCUCAUUCAACAGCUAUAUGCUAUAUAAGGAUGCUACAUGCCAGGUGAUUCACAAUGAACAGCUCAGCGAUGCCUUUGAAGUGAAAACAGGAGUAAGACAAGACAAGAUUGUCUACCAUCACCGAUGAUCUUAAUUGUGGUCGACUGGACUGGACUGGAUCAUACAGCAAACCGUGAGGAGCGAGACGAUGGGCAUACACUGGUUGGAUCAGUGAAAAGACCUUAGAAGAUUUGAACAUCUCCGAUCAUGAUUUAUGUCUAAUGUUGCACAAACUCGAAGAUCUACAGACGAAAACUAACAAGUUGUCAGAUGAGGCGAGGUGGCGAAGGACUUCGAGUGAACAUAAGAAGACAGAGGUGAUGAAGAUACCCAACCAACAACAACACCCAACACCAGAUAUCAUCAACGAGAGAAAUCUAAAGGAAGUUGUUUCUUUCACCUACCUAGGCAAGGCACAGGUGGCGGCACAGACACAUGAGGAUGUCUAAACCAAGAUCGGAAAAGCAAGAAAAGUCUUAUUUCAUCAUUUUGAAAUCAAUAUGGAGAUCUACUGGACUGCACUGCACUCAGCAUAAAGCGUAAACAAGAUCCGGUUUUUUAACACUAAUGUCAGUCAAGUAAGUGCUUCUAUGUGAUAAUUGAUAGACUUAUUACGUUACAACAAGCUGCAUACAUACGUUAACAGUUGCCUCCUACGUGCGAUACUGAAGAUCAGAUGACCAGAAAGAAUAAGCAACAAAGAACUCACUCUGGUAACGAAUCAGCCGAGAACCUAUCGCCCAACAAAUAUGCAGAAGGAAGUAGAGAUGGAUUGGGCAUGCACUGAGAAGACUAUUCGGAGACAUCAGGCACUCGAGUGGAACCCAGAUGGGAAACAGCGAGUUGGGCAUCCGAGAUGAAGGUGACAUGGAGGAGAUCGUAUGAGGAAGAAACGGAAGGUUAACGGCAGUGGUGUAGCCAGGUCAAAAAGAGUGAAAUGUAGUCGUGCUACUGAAGCCGUAUGUUCUACUAGGAACCCACAGGACAAAUAAUAAAUAACAAUACAAUCUCCUUAGGAUUUUCGCAUUACUUUUAUCUAAUUAAAGUUAGCAACACGUGUCUUCUUUCUUUCGGUGCCAGUUUCUGUUAUGAUUGUAUGAACAAAUUUUAAAGAAGCACCAUGAAUUUCGUUUUGACUUCAAAUUGUUUGUUUGUUGUUGUUGAUGAUGAUGUUCUUGUUCUUGUAUUGUUUGUGCUAGCUAGCUAGUUAACUGUUGGUGAAUUGGUCUUCCACUCAUUUUUAAAUGAAAUCCAUUCAUCAUACUCUCUACGAUCUUUCAUAUUAUAGUUACAAAUGUUUUUUGCACAGAUUUCUGUUUACUUAAGCAUUUUUGUUGAUUAUUUUUCUCUCUUUUUCAGUUACUUAGUGACAGGGCAAAAAUUAAAAUCUAAAUUCUUUAUUUCCUUCAAUUUUUUUCACGUGAAAUCAAUCAGUUAAGCGGGGGAGGGGGCUCUCCCCCCCUCUUCUACAUUUUGAUUAAGCAAUUAAGAAUUUUGUUUUCUAAUUUUCUUGCUUUUAUUGAUUCCUUAAUUGGAAUUCUUUUCUUGUCAGCGUUUUUUUAUAGAGUAUGAUGUGAUUUACUCCUGUUGCUGUAGAUGUUAUCAUAUUGAUAAUUAUUAUCAUGACUAGUGUUGUGAAAACAUGACUUGAUGUAAUCGUGAUAAUCUCAAACAUUUUAACUAUUUGUUGUCAUUAUG